UGGUGGAGGAAUUGGACUCCAAGAUGGACGACGAUGUUCACGAGGCGGUUGCCAUCAUGAUUUUACCACCAGCAGAAGCAGAUGCAAGGUCAAUGUAUUACGCUAUGAAGGGAGUUGGCACAAACGAAGUUCAUUUGAUCGAAAUUCUUUGUACAAAAUCAAAUGAGCAAAUGGCUGCAAUGAAGAAAGAAUACCAGAAAAAAUACGGCCGUUCAUUGGAGCAAGAUGUCAAAUCAGAAACAAGUGGUGACUUUGAAAACUUACUUACCGCCUUGAUGAAGGGAGAUCGAAGUGAAGCAUCCAAAGUAGACGAAGAAAGCGCGCGAAAAGACGCGUCUGCACUUUACGAGGCGGGAGUCAAGAAGUUAGGGACAGACGAGGACAAGUUUAUUGACAUUUUGACCAGUAAAAGCAAUGCUCAUCUCCAAGCAGUCAUUGCUGAGUACGAGAAWCUAGCAGGAGUAAAGCUCCAAGAYUCYAUCCAAGACGAGAUGGACGGUGAUUUACGCGAUGRUCUUGUCAUGUUGUUGUCAUGUGYGCAAGAUGGCAACAAGACUCAGGCUGACAAACUACACGCUGCMCUACAAGAUGGCGAUACUAGUACUGUAGCAAGAGUCAUUGCUGGAGCUGAUGAGGACAAAAUGAAGGACAUUGAGGAUGCGUACAAUAACCUUUAUGAUCCUAAGUUGUACUUUGAAGUGGAUAAAAAAUGCAGCGAAGACCUCAAGAAGAUAAUCUUGGAUAAAUUGAAAGAUAAAAGUGAAACAAAGAAAGAGCGAGCACAACAAAACAGUGCAAAUAAAAACAAGAAAGAUAACGUGGACAAACCUGCUGACAACGAAAAAUCACCCAAUGAAAAUAAUAACACCGCAUCUAGCGAGAAACCUACCGAUGAAAGCCAACAGGAGCAGGAAGAAAAUGGCGGCAAAGAAGAGCGACCUAAAAUCAACGUAACAAAGGUCGAGCAUCAUGGGACAAUAGUCGCUGCUAAGGAUUUUGAUGCUGAGAAAGACGCUGAAAAAUUGAAGACAGCAAUGAAAGGAUUUGGAAGCGAUGAAGACGCCAUCAUCGAGGUGCUUUCAUCCUGCAGUUCAGCUCAAAGACAAGAAAUAAUAGCUGCUUUCAAACAAAAAUACGAUAAAGACCUUAUAGAAGAGCUGAAGUCUGAACUGAGUGGAAAAUUCGAAGACACAAUUGUUGGUCUGUUGUCAACUGCUGCAGUCUACGAUGCCAUCUCUGUAAAUGGUGCAAUGGAGGGACUUGGUACCAACGAAGGUGUGUUAGCAGAGAUAAUAUGCUCACGUUCAAGCGAGGAACUCCAAGACAUCAGCCAAGUGUACAAAACCAAUUACAGCAAAGAUCUGGUAGAAGCAGUUAAAGACGAGACGAGUGGAGAUCUUUGUGACUUACUUACAKCCCUSUUWCAGGCGAAAAGGCCUUCAGGUGAAGACUUUGAUGAAGAUGCUGCUUAUGGAGACGCUCAGAGACUUUAUGAGGCAGGGGAAAAGAAAUGGGGCACCGAUGAAUCCAUGUUUGUAAAUAUUCUAACAACACAAAGUAUCGUCCAAUUAAAGGCAAUAUUCCAAGCUUAUAAAAACGUUUCAAAGAAAGACAUCCUCGAAUCUAUUGAAGAUGAGUUAGAAGGCGACUUUCAAAAAGCGGUUAAAGUCUUAGUGAUAUGUAUGCAAAAUCCACCAGAGUAUUUUGCAGAGAGUCUUCACGAGGCUUUAACUGGAGUUAUUACCAGUAACUCAACAGUAUCCCGAAUCAUUAUAACGCGAUGUGAGAUUGAUCUCGUGGAAAUCAAAAAGGUUUAUCAGGAUAAGUAUGGCAAGUCUCUAUUAGACGAUGUCAAAAACAGCCUAAAGGGAGAUCAGGAAACUUUACUCCUAAAACUUCUUGGGGAUUAGCAUAUAUCCAACCUUAAUGACCGUAGAGAACACCCCUUAUAUACCUUAAAGAACAUUCCUACUUGUUCCUAUAGCUGGCGAAACAUACUAGCCUACCAAAUUGUUAUGAAAUGUAUAUACAUAAGCCUGUAAUUUUUCUACAAAACAUGAAAUAAAAUAUCAAUUUAAUAAUUUCAA